CCUGCGAUUGACGCCUUCGACACCGAGCAUGCGUUUGUCGUUCACGCUUCGCUGCCCGGUGCCACUCCCAAUGCAAUAACAGUCGACUUUGAGCCGAAGACAAACGAGGUCGUCAUUUCGGGAGAAAUCAGACGCCCCGGAGUCUUUGCCGAUAACAUCGACUCUCUCCGCGUGAGCGAGAGGCGCGUCGGUCAUUUCGAGCGCCGAAUCCGGCUCGGCUCAAACACCAAGAUCGUCGCCGAGAACAUCACGGCGAAGCUUGUCAACGGUGUUCUAGAGGUUUCGAUCCCAAAGGUCGCCGAACAGCCUCGCAAAAGGAUAACGAUCGAG